AUGGAGCAGCGCAAGGCUGAGACCUUGGAGACACGGCUGAUAGAGGCUGAGGUGAUCCACCAGGAGCAGCUCAGCGAGAUCACCGACUUCCUGGAGUCCCGCAAGGAGCUGCUGGGUGGAGCCCCCCUGCGCCUUGCGGCGAACGCCAGGCCCAAGGAGCUCGAGGAGCUCCGCGCGCGGCUGGCGGAGGAAGAGGCCCGGGUGGGCGCGGCAGAGAAGACGCUCGUGAGCAGCUGGUCUGAGCAGCGCGCCAUGGACCUGCAGUGGCAGGCCGAGCUGCAGGCGAGGGACCAGCGCCUGGAGAUGGCCCAGAAGGAGAGCUGGCCAAGGCGGAGUGGUGGGCCUCCAUCGCCACCCGUGCCCCAGGCUCCCAGGAGCUGA